GCAGUUGUCAGAGAUAUCCGUGCAGUUGUUUUUAUUUUCGUGUUCUGUCGUGCAGGUUUUUCUCAAGACUACUAAUUUUAAGUGAAUGUAAAUUGUGGGUGCUUUACAAUUUGUUGAUUUUUUUAAACAUGUCUUCCAUAUUCUUGAGAAAUCGUAGCGCGGCAAUCCUCAAGAAUUGCUUGCCGCAUAGGUUUAGUGUUUGUCGAAAACCCGACAGUGCAACUCAAAUUCGCUGUUUGUAUCUGACGCCAUGCAUGGAAAAAAUACUGUCAUUUAAACUUAGUGACAUCGGAGAGGGCAUACGUGAGGUUACUGUAAAGGAAUGGUUUGUGAAGGUCGGUGACACCGUGGAGCAGUUCGAUGACCUCUGCGAAGUACAAUCGGAUAAAGCGUCCGUUACCAUCACUAGUCGUUACGAUGGCAAAAUAGCGAAAAUUCAUCAUCCAGUUGAUGAUAUUGCUUUGGUCGGCAAACCGCUUUUGGAUUUUGAUGUUGAAGAAGAUGACGCUGACAAUUCUGACUCGGAGUCUGACUCAGAUUCAGAAACGGAAUCCAACUCAAGCCCGCAAUCAAAUAACGCAAAAGUUGCUAGCGAUCAGGAUGUAGCGCGCAAUAUAACCCUUGCAACGCCGGCAGUGCGUCGUUUGGCUAUGGAAAAUAAAGUAGAUCUCUCCAAAGUGCCGGCUACAGGAAAAUUGGGACGUGUACUUAAAGGUGAUGUACUUGAAUAUCUCGGGCAAGUACCUGCUGGCACUAAUAUACCACAUCCGACAAUUGCUGCCAAAUCAGAAUUGUCCAGUGCACUAAAAGAAACUCCAAAGUCUGCAGCAGCUGCUGCCGAUCGCAUUGAACCACUGAAAGGUGUACGCAAGGCGAUGAUGAAGUCCAUGUCUGAAUCUUUGAAAAUCCCACAUUUUGCCUAUAGCGAUGAGAUCGAUAUGACCAAGCUCAUUGAUUUCCGUGACCAAUUGAAGACAGUCGCAAAUGAACGUGGCAUUCCAAAGCUCACAUUCAUGCCCUUCUGUAUCAAAGCUGCGUCUAUUGCACUUACCAAGUAUUCCAUUUUGAAUAGUUCACUCGAUAUUGAGAAGGAAACAGUGAUAUACAAAGCUGCGCACAACAUCAGUGUCGCCAUAGACACGCCCCAGGGCUUGGUAGUGCCAAAUAUUAAGAACUGUGAGGCCAAGAAUAUAUUGGAUAUUGCGAAGGAUUUGAACGAACUGAUCGAAAAGGGACGCAAAGGUGCAUUAACCCCAAGAGACUUUGCUGAUGGCACAUUCUCACUUUCCAACAUUGGUGUGGUCGGUGGUACUUAUACUCAUCCCUGUAUAAUGGCACCACAAGUGGCCAUCGGCGCUAUGGGACGGACAAAGGCUGUGCCGCGUUUUAAUGAAAAUGACGAGAUCGUUAAAGCUCAUAUAAUGAAUGUCAGUUGGUGUGCAGAUCAUCGUCUUAUUGAUGGCGUCACAAUGGCUCAGUUUUCAAAUAUGUGGAAACAAUAUCUGGAGAACCCUGCAUUGUUUUUGCUUAACUAAGUUUUAUGAACUUUGGGCCGAGGUUAAGAAUUUCUGUACGAGUUUCAGAACUUUUUGACCAUUCUUAGAACUUCUUGAAAAGUUGUGGAAGUGCAAUUCCAAAACGAAAGGCUGUUUGCUGCAUUUAUUUACAAAAUACGUUUUUUUGUUUUUUAAUUUUUUAUCGCCCAAUUUUGUACCAUAUAAAGUGCAUUUAAAUGAGUUUUACACUCAAAAUUCAAAGAUACAUUCUUUGGGCGUUCUGAAUAGUGUUUGAAUAUAUUUUAUAUGAAACUGGUUUGUGCGUAAAGUUAAUUAUUGAUUAUAAUUGUAUUAUAAAUAACUAUGUACAUAUGUAUAUAUGUAAAAUAUUUAAUAAAGUGUAUUUAAAUUUUCACAGAAAGC